AUGAUGGCAUUAUUCGCGAUCAGCUGUAAUGCUCGUGGUGUUAUUUAUAAUAUUCCUCGUGAUCUUAGUGAAGAUCCUGUUGCGCAUGCACAUCGUGCUCGUAUUUUUGGUAUUAUUAUUGCUGUUUUUCUUACUGUUAUUUUUGGUAUUGCUCUUAUUUAUUUCUGUCAGUCUUACUGGAAUAAAAGACAGCUAUGGUCUGGUGCUUAUUUUAACUGGUCAUUGGUCAAAUUAUCACUUCAUGGUUCAGCAUUUGAGGUUUUGAGACGAAAUAUAACAAAAUUCUAUUAA